CGUUGUACAUAUAGCUAUUACAUCUGAUCGCGUGUUCCCCUUAUAUAUAAGCCAGCAGCUACAAACUUCUAGGUAUAAAAACCCCCAAUCUCUCUCCCUCCACUGUUCUACAACGAACUCAGGCUUAUAAAGAUCAUUUUUUUACAUCUUACAGAUCUUGAUCAGUAAGAAGAAUGGCAACUUUUGAGUUAUACCGCCGAUCAACAAUUGGUAUGUGCUUGACGGAAACAUUGGAUGAGAUGGUUUCGAAUGGGGUUCUUAGUCCGGAGCUUGCAAUUCAAGUCCUUGUUCAGUUCGAUAAGUCAAUGACAGAAGCUCUUGAUAGUCAAGUUAAAAGCAAGGUGACCAUAAAGGGGCACUUGCACACCUACAGAUUCUGUGAUAAUGUGUGGACUUUCAUUGUUCAAGAUGCCAUCUUCAAGUAUGAUGAGACCCAAGAGAAUGUUGGUCAAGUUAAAAUAGUGGCAUGUGACUCCAAGCUUCUUACUCAGUGAUUCAUGUUUAGGGUUUCAUCUCUAGUUGCUGAUAAUUUAUGGUAGUUAUUAAAAGUAUAGAAAAAAAAGGGUACAAUAAAAAAGGGGGAGGUGUUCUGUUCUAUUGUUGUACCUUCUAGAAUUUGCCACGUAACAGAAUCUCAAAUAAUCCUAUCAGCCUUUUUACUUGUGUAAUUCAUUUUCAUUCUGUAUUUAUUUUUUGUUUCCUUUUUUUCAUUAUGUUUUAUGUUGUAUUUGGUGUGAUAGGAUGGAGUAGAAAAAUGUAAUGUUGCUUCUGGGCUAUUGUUAUUAUCGUAAUAAUUAUUAUUAUUGUAACUA